GCCGACUAUGAUCUAACUGUGGCUGAUGAGGUGUCCCAGCAGAUGAAAUCAUAUGUAAGAUCGACUACUACCAAAGUUUACAAAAGAUUUUUGGGCAGCUGUGAAACAAGCUCGCCGAAACGGUUAACAAGGACAAAUUGGAGCAUCAAAGGUAGCGAUGUAAUCGUAGAUGUCGGAAAUAAUCCGUUUAUAGUAACCAAACACAUCGAGAAGGAUGAAGCCACCAACAUAUCUGCGAACAUGAUGAAUGUCUCAAAUAUUUUGAACAGUCCAGAAAGUAAUGAAGUAGAGUCUCACCCAACAUCUACAAUUCCUACGGCUCCUCCAUCCCACAGCUAUGAAGUUUCAAGUAUCUUAAACAAUUCAAGUAAUGAAGUUGAACUUCAUUCAACAUCAAAAACUUCUACGACUUCUCCUUCCCCUUCAUCUCACAAUUAUAAACAACCACGAUUCAUAACUAAUAAUGAAUACAUGGAUAUGAUUUGGUCUCCUUGGCACUAUGGUAUUGUCGACCUGAAUGAUAGUAGAAUCAUGAAUGUCUUGGAACAACCUGUAAAGUUUUAUUUUGAAGCAGAAAUGAAGAAAUAUAAACCACAAAAAGCUGUGUCAAAAGAAGCUUUGGAAACUUUGAAGUGUAUAAAUGUAACAUCAUUAUCGGAGCUUGGAAAUGCUCUUUCAAGUAUCACCAUUAAUUACGAAAAUCCAAAUAGAGAUAUAGUAUAUUUGCGUCAUUUAUUUGAGAAAUUUGGUGAAGUCGUAAGCAAAGCACAAAAAUUACUUGGAAUUAAAUCAUCAAAAAUUCUGAAAUAUGACGGAGUCUUGUCAUUUAAUAGAAAAAUCGAAUUUAUUUAUGUAGAAACAGCAACCACAUCAAUAUUGUCAAAAAGAGAUAAAGACUUAUCAAAAUUGCGUGAAGCAAUAGCUAUAAUGUUCAAGGUUAUAGCAUCAUCAUUACCAGAGAAACUUGCAUACGAAAUAUCAGAUUUGCCCAUCCUUUGCAUUCAAUUCCGCGGAACAACAGCUGAUGUGUACUUGGCUAAUUGGCCGGUUAAAAUGCGCCCAGUUGUUUUUUCGAUAAUGGAAUUUAACGUUCUGGAACAAGCUACUUCUUUACCAAGUCUAACGAAGUCGGCU